CAACUUCAGCGUGUAAAUACAACAUUGAUGGGAGAUUUAACAGGUGAUAACAGUAUUUCAUUUCGUCGUGUGGAAGCUCUCACAAGGUCUCAUACUCAAACAGACUUCAAACCUCAAUCACAGUUCCAGAUUCCUCCAGAAAAUCGAAGAGAUCUUGGUAUACCAUUGAAUAAAGAUCACAAAGACAGAGUUACAAGGAAGAUGAGCGGGUCACCGGGAAAGUCGCACAAACUAGGCGGGUCUGCUGUAGGCCCACACCAGAGGAACAAGGAGCCGGACUCAAUGUUGUUACAACAGUCCUGGGGUAUAAACGGCUCACCAGAUCUUGGUGCACUACAGAAUGUCAGAUAAUCUAAGGAGUCUGAUCAACCAUUAGCCUGAUUGCACCUAUAUUGGUUCUCCGGUUAAUGCAGACCAGCCAUCACAUCUGUACAGUCUGACCAGGCUCUAUAGUACUAUUGGUAGCUCUGCUUUUGUAAUUUUAUAUUGAAAUCCGUUAAACUUUGAAUGGACUGUUCCAAAUUUUAAGCAGGGCAAAUGCAUUUUAAAUAUUCAGGAUAAUGGUAAACAAGAUAGUGACAUAA